CAACACCCUUAUGUCUUAUAAUAGAAAAUAGUAUUAGAUAUGUCCAAGUACAACCUUAAAGCAGAGAGAGCAACAUUUUUACUAAGGCUGUUUUGUGUUGUUUUCCUCUUUUAGCAAACAUUUCCACCCACACUCAUACACAUAAAAGCUCCCCUCGGGACACGUGCCAGCCAGUCAGCCUCCUCGUUCAGGCAGGAACAAGCACUCCUGUAUGAUGAUGAACAGCUGCUCCUCCUCGCCUGCUCACAGGUGGCUCUGGGCUCGCUACUCUGUCCCCAUUAAUGACACACAUGUGGCCGACCCCCCCGACCCCCCUUUCUUUUUCUUUCCCUCGUGGAGAGGCUAGAUCACAGCUGCUAAUAUUACACACACAUUACUUUUUUUUGUUUUUCUGAUCAGAGGUCUGGUUAAGAACAUCAUGACACAGUGAGUCAUAGAGUGCAGACUGUAAUCAGCCUCCCCAACAGUGGCAUUUCUCAAUGUCCUGUGUUUUGUUUAGAGAUUGGUGAUAGCAAUGGGAACAGGGCAUCCUGGUAAUUUAGUGUGCAGUGAUGCCAUGGAUUUAAUGGUAUUUUGUGGGGGGGUUUGCCAUCUCAGUAUGUCUUCUGCACUCUAACGGAGCAACCCACACAGUGACUAAUAGUUUACCGUGUUCCUUCAGGCAAACCUACAUAAGCUGUUUGUUCUUGUGACUUUCACUCACAUGAAAGGUUUGCUAGGUUUAGGUAAGGGUGUGAUAUGAUAAGGCUGUGUAAUGAAUUACCUGGUAUGUUAAACAGGAAGGUCAUAAAGUGGGUUAUUAAAGUCGUAUUGUUACGGGCUUUCAUUUAAUCCUGUACAACAGGUUCAAUACUGUAAAUGUAAAACGUAAUUGCUGUUGAUGGUGUGCACAGAGGCUAACUCAAAUCAUUUGACUUUGUGAUGGUCUUGCAGUGGAUUUCAUUACAUUUUAAUUUGACCUUCAUAUUAUUUUCUCCUUCCUUUAUGGAGGAGGCAAAAUAUUAGUAUGUUUCAUUUGUUGCACCACCUCUAUCUUUAAAAUAUUUUAUCAAAAUUGCAUUGCACACAAACAACAACUUAAAGAUCCCCCCAGACAUGUUUUAAGACAUUUAAAAAUACUCAGCUUAAAAUAUUAAUUAGCAUCUGAUAUGAUUUCCCCACAACAAGUUGAUUACCUAUUUAAAGAUUCUUAAAAUGGCAUCUACUCCUUCUCCUGCAUUAAACAAUAAAAACGUGAAAACAGCCUUUUAGUGUCAAACUGCACAUCAGUCUGCAGGUUGUUUUGUGUGGUGUCCCUCAGUGUGUAUGUAUCCGAGAACUAGGCCAGGCCACUUUAAACAUCUGGCUCAGUUCAGCGCUUGCCGCCUGUUGAGAGCUAUGACAGAUGGAGAGGGAGCGUAUGGCUCAGGCACCUCCAUCUUUGACCGUAUAUGCCAGUUGUCUUCCCAAAAUAGCCAACACUCCCUGGCCUUAUAUGUGCAGGCCUCCAGCGUGUGCCUGAGGAGGUAUCAUGUAUCCGGGCCACACAAUACAGGCUGCAGGCGCAUUGUUGCUGCUUACCAGCAGGCCUAUUGCCACCACAGGGACGAGGCCUCUCUCUCUUUCUGUCUUGGGACGGUUCACCAUGCAUCUCACCCAACUCAACCGUGAAUGUCUCCUCCACCUUUUCUCCUUCCUUGACAAGGACAGCCGGAGAAGUUUGUCUCUUACCUGUCAUCAGCUACGCGAAGUCUUCUUGGAACCUUGCCUCUGGACUCUACUCAACUUCAGCUCCCCGUGUCAGCUGACGAAGGACAACUUUGUGCUGGGACCCUCAUUACGUUUCUUGACAAUUUGCUGGUAUUCCAGCAGGGUCCUGCAAGUGUGCAACAUUGAGGACUGGUUAAAAAGCUCGUUUCAGAAGGACAUCUGCAGGAAACAUGAGAGCCUGGUCAGCACUUUCCUGGCCCAUGUCUGCCACAUGUGUCCCAACCUGCUCGGGCUGACCCUGUCUGGCUGUGGACACAUCACAGACCAGGAUGUGAUCUCCGUGCUGCUGAGCUGCAGGAAGCUGUGCCGGCUCCACCUGGAGAACUGCGUACGCAUCACUGACUGCAGCCUGGAGGGUGUAGCGGCUCAUGGACACAGUCUGGACGAGGUGAAGGUGGACUUUUGCAGGAACAUCACUCAGUCAGGGCUGCAGGCUGUCGGAGAGAAGAGGCCGACCAUUCAGCUGAGUGCAGAGAGAAGCGCUGAUAUGAUCCCAGACAGCAAGCCUGAAGAGAGGGUGCCCCUCAGGAGGACACUGCAGAAAGUCCUGCAGUUCUCUUGAAGGUAAUACUUAAUCAAGACUUGACUAUGAUAUCUUUGUUUGGAUUUGUGUCUAUAUUUAAUAGAAGUGUAUUUGCAACCUUUUUUUAUACAACACCUUUUGAAUAUGAGUCUUCCUCUCAAAGACAUGUGCUUUUAAGCUGUAUCUUUUCCAUGUAUUUCUAACCAGGGAGAAUUUAAAACACUCCCCCAUAAAGUCUCAUAAUGUACAGUAUACACAUGUUGCCUCAUUAAUAACUCCUAAUCAAUAAACAUGGAAAUGGUACAAAUAUAUGAUGAUCAGAUUGUGAGACAUGAGAAUAGGUGAGUGUGUCUGUCUUUAAAUGCCAUGUGAACGAUUUAUUGGAUGCUGCUGCCGCAGCAGGGUGCACCCCGUCCGAUAAGUGCAUCUCAGAAGAAUGACCAUAGUUUGGGUCAACUUAGUUUCACUUUGCCAGACCCUCCUCCACCACAGCCCUGCUA